CGAAUAUCGCUACUACUACUACUACUAACAACAACUACUACAACUACUACUACUAUUACGACACACACAUUCACACACACACACACACACACUCACUCACUCACACACGAGUCCUGAAGUGCACGAUGAAACGACGUCGGACUACCAAUGUACGGGCUGCUGCAAAGACAGACGGCGCCGUUGUUGCGAAUCCUACAGCCACAGCCCCAGAAGGGACUAAGCGAGGGACUAGUAGGGCGAGUAAAAGCGCAACUUCGGGCUCAGGCCCAGCGCGCUCUUCCCGUCUGUUACCUUCAGAACCUCUGCACAUGACAACUCGUUCCAGAGCGGCCACAGCAUCUGCUACAAACUCGGCCACGAGCGGAGAUAGUCGCAGAAGCUCGCUGAACACUCUUCAUCACUCUCCAACUUCUCCCUCUGAUCAUGGCGACCCUUCGAGGCCGCGCAAACGUGCAAAAGCGGCAUCAACAAACCCUUCCAACGCCGCCGCUCCAACUCUUGAUUCUGUAGAGUUUGCGGAUGCCCACAUGGAGGACUCUCUUCCAAGUGAUGCGACUGACAUGUCGCGAACAAAUUCACAGAUGUCGCAACUGUCUUCGUCUUCUUCUUCUAAAUCCUCAAAGAGGAAGCGUACUUCCGAGCCCUUGGAAGACCCUGCUGCCAAGACCAAUGGUAAUCUGAGUGAGACUGCAGCAGCCGCCGCCGAUCACGAGAUAGCCAUUGACACUGUCGAGGACGUCCAGCCAGCUGUGCAACGACCAAAUCGUCGAAGUACCCGUGCGCGGCGCUCUGUAGAAGUCGCAAAUGCGGACUCGGCAGCCUCAAGCACCCAGACUACACCACCCUUGCAUCCACCAGACGAAGAGCUGGCUCUCGAAAGUCCUGGUGUAGUCGCAACUUCUGCUGUCGCUCAUGGUGUCCCAGAGGUGAAGAAGAAACUUCCUGGACGACGCCGUGCGCCACAUCAAAACAACUACGUCGAGGCCGGAUUACGGCAGCAACUCGGCCUCAAAGUAGGCUACCGUCAAGUGGCCAAGUUUGAGAAACUCGUCAAUCUCGAGCUCGUGAACAGAUCGAUUCGAGAGCUUGAAGAAGACCCGGAGGCCCAUGAGAAGCUACCAGACUACAAAAAUGUGACUGAUCAGCUCGAUAAGAUCCUCGAAGAUAAACUCGCGGAUCUGGAGAAGCAGCGCAUCCACACGAGGGCCAUGCUGGCACGCGAACAUGAUGCACACCAAGCCAUACUCGAGGAGCAAGCUGCGAUCAAAAUUCGCGAUACGCAGGACGAAUUUGUCACGAGAAUCCAAUACCGACUACUCGAAUUGGAGCGUGGAAUCAGGGCUGAUGAUGACGAAGCCACUCAGCCCGACUUCGAUCUCAUACCUCCACCGGAGAAGAUUCUUCUAAACGGAAAGAAGAACAGAGUCAAGUCACAUGCUCCCAUGCCAUCAAAGCACACUUCACGAGCCAAGCUGUUCUGCGACACCAAAAACUUUGCCAAACAGGCGGCCAAGAGGCACGAACUCGACCAGAUGCGACGAUCCUUUAUGCAAGCGAACCCGGAUGUCUACGAUGAUGAAGUAGUUUCUGGACGAGAGGGCUUUGCUACCUUUAAUCUACCAGACCGCGAGCUUGCUGUUUCGGUUUUCAACGCGCAGCAGUUGGUCGAUGCCGCAGAUGCAAUCGAGAAGGGAGCGUUACUCCCACCGGUGACCAAGAUUAUUCCAAACGAAAAGGCAACUGCUUUGCAAGCCUUGGCAGAUGUGUUUGCAAGCGCCGGUCCAGUGGCUGCUACGCCUGCAAAGAAGCUGUUUGUUACAUCGACGAAUAUGCCAACGACUCCAGCGACGCACACACAGAAAUCGCCUGAAGCUCCGCCGUCAGUAGUGUCCGCCUCAAUGUCGCUUGCAACAACUUCGGAAGCCCUUCCUGAAGUCGAGAAAGAUCGGAUAGUUCCAUCUGACCAGGGUGCCGAGCGGGUGCCUUCCCAGACCGAAAGCCCUCAACUCGGGCAUCACCCACCCGUGGAUGCAACCCCCAAACCGUCGAGUUCAAAGAUUGGCGAUAUCUUGAACCGAGAUGAGCCCAACCCAUCGCCAUUCCGGCCGUCCAAGUACGAACGACAGCUUGCGAAUGGCCAGCCUGUCCAACACGACUUUCCCGCAAAGCCUCCGGUUCUACAGCAGUCUGCAACCGACGCGACAAGAUCUUCGUCGAUGACUCAAAGCAUUCAUUCGUUCCAGGUUAAGCCUCUCUCUCCGGCACGUGAGAUUACUGCUCCGUCUCUGGGCAAGUCUGCUCAAGUCGGAACUCAACCGCCUGCAUUGCUACCACCGAUUCGAACGUUGGAUGAAGCUGAACACGCUGGUCAACCGGCUGCAGGACCAAGUUCGGAAUUCUGGUCUACCAUCGCCAAGGCUCCCGAGUCGCCUAGCCACCUCCACACAAGACAGCACAGUCUCGAGAGAGGCGGUCCAGCCGCCCGGUCGCCAUAUGAGACCAGGAGCAAGGCCCCCGAAAAGGAGGGUCCAGACGACUCCAAACCCGUACUUGAAAGUGCUUCUAUGGGGCCACCUCAGCGCUCUGCAUCCACACAGGCGCCGACAAAGUCUGUUCCGUCUCCUAUCAACCCGCCGCCUCGUCUGUCUAUGCCUCUGAUUGAGCAACAUCACACACGAAACAGAAGUGAGGAUCACAGUCAGAAUUCGCUGCACGGCUAUACCGAUAGGCGUGGCUCGUUCAGCUCCACGCGAGAAAGCUCACAUGGCUCCCAAGGACCUGUCCAACCCCAUGCAACUCAGCUUUCUCGCUCGCAAAGCCACGACCGGCCUCCUGUGUACCAUGAGGAUCCCAAUCGUCGACCCCCAAGUCGGACUCAACAAGGCCCAACCGGCCCAUCAACUACACAUGACCCACGCUCAGCUGGUCCUUAUUCGCCGGCUCCGUAUGGUCAACAUGGACCGUACCCUCCACCACCUCCACCACCUCAUGCUCCUCAUGCUCCUCAUCCUCCUCAUCAUCACCAUACACAGUACGGGUAUCAGGGGCCACCUCAAAACCAGCCUUAUUCGGGCCCACACUAUCCACAGUACGCUCCUCAGCAAUCCCCCUACCCACCACCGCCGCCGCCGCCACACUACCCAUACCAUACUCACGGCUCUCCACCACCUGGCACUUCAUAUCCACCUGUCGACUCUGCUCACGUGAAUCCACAACAUGGACCACCAUCUGGUCAGUAUGGUCCCUCUACAGACCAGCGCGGCCCCCCUCCAACACAGCAGCACCAUGGUAGAGGGAACUAUGGACCACCGCCGACUCCCAUUGCACCUCAAUACCCUGGCUAUGGCUACCCUCAUCAGCAACACUAUCCGUACCAGCACGACCAUCGGUCGCAAGGCCCUCCUCCAGGUCCUCCAGGUCCUCCAGGUCCUCCAGGUCCUCCAGACCACCGAACACCACAGCAGAUACAUGGUGGUCCUGGUCGCGGCAAGCGAGGAAGUCGUGGAAGCCGUGGAAGUGCCAACAACACGCCCGCGCCGCCACCCCCGCCACAAACACACAUGCAGGGAUCGUUCAGCGCGCAUCCUCAAGUCCCGGGCAAGCAGCCCUUGCUUCCUGCUCCGGACGCGCGAAGCCCAACGACAAUGCCUCAUUCGGCAGCUUACGCGAACCCGAAUCAAUCUGCAUUCCAGAUCCAUCCCCCAAAGGCAGCCGGUCCGACGAGCGGUGAUCAGAUUCUUCCAAAGAAGAGACACCGCCAGUACAGCACUGUGCCGGGCACCAUCUUCCGGGACUACCAGCCACCGAAGAAGUCUGCCUGAACGACCGUCCACGGGUACGGCUUGCAGAGCUACAGGACCGCAUGUGCCUGGCACUAUCGUCCGGGACUAGCAACCACCGAAAAAGUCUGCAUGAACGACCGUCCACGGGUACGGCUUGCAGAGCUACAGGACCGCAUGUGCCUGGCACUAUCUUCCGGGACCAACAACCAACAAAGAAGUCUGCAUACAGGACAGCAUGUGCCUGGGUCGCUCU